AUGGAUAUGAGUUUGGGCGGUAGUUCCUAUUCCAACGGUGAGCUCGACACUUUAGGAAGGGAGACCCAAAUGGUGAAUGGUUUCUCUGGCAGGCGGGUUCCCUGGGCAUUCGGAGAUGGAUUCACCAAUGAAAUAAAUGCUCAAUAUUGGUUCCAAAAAUUUCGAUCUGGCAAUUUGAACAUCAUCAAUGAGACUCGAGAAAAACCAUCGGUCCAUAUUGAUAACGAGGAAUUAAGGACGACUGUGGAAUCCGAUCCACACACAACUAGUCGAACACUUGGGUCUAAACUAGGAACUAGUCAUACAGCUGUGUUAAAACAUUUGCGUGCAAUAAAUAAACUCAAAAACUUGGACUCAUAUGUGCCGCACGAAUUGAUGCAACUGCAGAUGAUCGACUGCAAAAGCAAGUGCGCAUCUUUGCUUCUUCGCAAUACACGAUUGUCAUUUUCACACCAAAUCGUCACUUGUGAUGAAAAGUGGAUAUUUUCUGAUAAUCGAAAACGAUCAAGCCAAUGGGUAGAUAAGAAUACACUCCCAGGACACACCCCGAAACUGAAAUUUCAUAAAAAAAGAAUUAUGGUCACGAUAUGGUGGAAUGCCCAAGGAGUGAUCCAUUAUUCCUUUCUACAACCAGGCGAAACUAUAACAGCGAUGUCUUAUUGUCGUGAUAUUGAUGUUAUGCAUGAGAAACUUAUGAAAAAAUAA